ACAAUUUGUGGCUUACCGCAAGACAACAAGCAAAAAGCUAAGGAUUCGGCCUGUGAACGAGUACUGAUCCAAGAGCUUGGCCUAGUUAUGCCAUACGAAGAUGAUUCGAUGAAACGAGCAGCUGCGGUCCUUUCGCCACCGUACGCGCUACAUCAGUUGAUGGUGAAGCAAAAUCGUAAAAAGCUGCCGGAUAUUGUGUAUGAUGAGCCGGAGGAUAUCAGUGAAGCACCCAAUAAACCGCCGAUGUUCAAAUGCACCUUAACCGUAAAUGGAACCGAACGAUUCGAAGGUACCGGGCAAUCGAAGAAAGCAGCAAAAAGUGCAGCAGCAGAGCAAGCCUUGACAAAACUGUUCAAGGUUCACAUUUCCAGUGAAGAAUGUGAACCAAAUAGUAAUCUGUUUGAUUUUGAAUCGGAAACGGAAAGUUCGCUGUUUGGCAAAUUCAUGUAUUUGAGUUACAAAAGCCUUUGUAAAGCAAAAAGGGCAAAAUUUACUAAAAAAGUGAGAAAUGUUGCCUACUUCUUUUACAUGGUGUAUUUCAGUAUUGUGCUUAUUGCUCCGGACGGUGAAAAAAAGAUGGUAGCGCUUGGAGCUGGUCGCCAUGCCGUUAUUGAUGGUCAAAUUCUGUCCAAUGCACAUGGUAAUGUGCUGGUCCAUAUGCAAGGGGCUGUCUUGGCUCGUCGUGCAUUUCUACUGUACUUGCACAAUCAGAUCAGAAAUCUCGGUGAUGAGAAUAGUGUGAUUGAACGUUGCCCAACUUCGAACAAGUAUCGUAUCAAGGUUUGUUUCUUUGCAGCUGCAUGCUGCAACGGUGGAUCUACACUUGAGCUUACUCCUGAUGUGGUGCAAACUUUUGAUGAAAUGGCAGAAACGGGACGCGUCAACGUGAUGAGUUUGGCUGAUAAGAUGCUCAAGUGGAAUAAUUUGGGUCUACAAGGUGCGCUUCUGUCAUACAUUUUUGAGCCAAUUUAUAUGACGCAUUUGUGUGUUGGAACGCCAACUAUUGAUAAAGCAAUUGCACAUGCUGUCCUGCUACGAUUCGGUGAUGCUCGUAAGGGUGAAUUGGUGAUCAAGUCAUCGCAGACCGGUGUUGUCCCGCAUGGCGAAAUGUAUCACAAUUGGGUUGCCGGAAUUGGAACAAUUGAGCGUUUGGACCCGUUUACCGGCCGAACAGUGAGCGGUUCACCGUCCCGCUUAUGCAAAUUUGAGCUGUACGAAAGUUGGGCUCGAGCUAUUGGCACUGUUGAUUUCUGUGAAAUUAAGCCUAUUUGGAGUUGUGCGGAAGCAAAACGAAACGAUCAAGCAUACCAGCAAACAUUGGAAGACUUCCACACUCAGCUACAACAAAAUGGUUUGGGAACAUGGCAGCGUAAAGAUACAAGGAUCGAUAGUUUUCAGUUGGCUUCGUUUGAUGAGUAA